AUGAACCGAGGAGACGGGACAGCGGUCCCGUGUCUCUGGUGCAGAGGGAUUCAGAUCGAGUGGGCUAGUGAGCAUCUGUGUCCGGUAGCACCGGCGCGAAGGUACUCCGGCCCAGAUUCGAGAUUGCGUAUGAUCCCCAUGUCGAUCCCAACCCUCCCGGGUAUGAGACAAAGCCAAAAGAUUCCAAAUCUUCAAAGGGCGCUAGCCGGCUCUGCACCAAUCACUGCCCCCACUCAAACGGUUCAUGUUCUGGGUAACGGCCCACGGGGAGUGGAGGAGGGAUCAAGCCUGCGUCCGGUGCGGAUGAGGGUUAGCGGCGGCCAAUGGGCGCUACCAGCCAAGGGUGAGGCCAAAAGUAGCAGGGUUACAAAUCGCUCCAUUGGAGUGCUAACUACGAGGAGGGGGGGUGGUGGUGGUGCGGGCGCCUGUCCACGAUCUCGGUACACCUUAACGCCAUUAUGCAACCACUCGGAGGUGCUCUUUGUCAUUUUUCCGCAUCUUUCUCAAAUCGGCAAUCUACUUCCCUGUCCCCUGCUCUCUCUCUCUCUCUUUUUCUCUUUUUUCCUGCCUUUCCUCCCCUCCAUCAGAAUUUCUAAUUCCGAGGUUGCCCGCCCCGCCUGA